AACAGAAACAACGCAUAACACAAAAAAAGCCCAUAAGCGAAGACAAAGGAGAAGAGACGAGACGGCCACUAAACAUCUUCUUCGCCAGCCGGCUUAAUUUCCCCUGCAUUUACCCAAUACCCAAAGCUCUCUCUUUCUCGUUCCUUUUAAAACCUUCUCAUUGGAUCAUACAUGAGCUAGUCCUUCCUCUUCAGAACUUUGUCUUCUCUCCACAUUUUCGACGUGGGUUUUAAUGGCGAAGAUCUCACAGCAAAGCCAAAGAAAUAGCAGUACUGCAAACACUGGCGCAAACCCUACUACUACAACCAAGACAAAGCGGACAAGAAAAACUGUGCCUAGAGACUCUCCUCCUCAACGCAGCUCCAUCUACAGAGGUGUUACAAGGCACCGGUGGACUGGACGUUAUGAAGCUCACUUGUGGGAUAAGAAUUGCUGGAAUGAAUCACAGAACAAGAAAGGGAGACAAGUAUAUCUAGGGGCAUAUGAUGAUGAAGAAACUGCUGCACAUGCCUAUGACUUGGCAGCAUUAAAGUACUGGGGACAAGAAACCAUCCUUAAUUUCCCCUUGUCAACUUAUCAAGAAGAGCUCAAAGAUAUGGAGGGUCAGUCAAAAGAAGAGUACAUUGGAUCCCUCAGAAGGAAGAGCAGUGGAUUUUCUCGUGGGGUGUCCAAAUAUAGAGGUGUAGCCAGGCACCAUCACAAUGGAAGAUGGGAGGCUCGAAUUGGCAGAGUUUUUGGCAACAAAUAUCUCUACCUUGGAACUUAUGCCACUCAAGAAGAGGCAGCCACAGCUUAUGACAUGGCAGCUAUAGAGUACCGAGGACUUAAUGCCGUUACAAACUUUGACCUCAGUCGUUACAUCAAAUGGCUACGUCCAAAUACCCAAAAUGACCCUCACCAAAACCCUAACACUAGUGAUAAUGCUAAUUUGAUACCAAACCCUACGCAAGACCUUGGGUUAAGUUUCACAUCCCACCAACAAAGCUUAAGUGAGACGGAAACCGCCAUGCCUCCGCCACGGCCUACUGGCAGCAGUGGUGGCUCGGCAUCAUCUGCAUUAGGGCUUCUUUUGCAAUCCUCAAAGUUUAAGGAGAUGCUAGAGAGAACAUCUGCCAAUGAUUGUCCUUUGACGCCACCGGAGUCUGACCCGCCACGUCGGAGCUUCCCAGAUGACAUUCAGACGUACUUCGAUUGCCAAGACUCCGAUAACUUUGCAGGGGGCGAUGACAUUAUUUUUGGAGAGCUAAAUACAUUUGCAUCACCGAUUUUUCAGUAUGAACUUGAUUGUUAAAGAAGGAUGCUUGGCAAAAUAAAGCUAUCCUUACAGGAUAAAAAUAUUUAUGGGUUCUGAGAAUAUGGAGGUAAGGAUGGUUACAGAAGAGAUGAUGACGAACAAGGGUAUGACAAUUCAGAAUUAUUUAUUUAUUUAUUUAUUUUAUAAUGAGAUACAUUCUUCUCUGAAUUUUUUUUUUUUUAGUUUCUUGUAGAUAUAGUGAAAAAAAAAAAAGACAUUCUUUUAUCAAUUAUUUCCCUUAAUAAGACAAGUAUGGCAAGUAAUUAAUGGACUUCAUUUUAUUUUAA